CUCGUCAAUGAAACAACUACACUCCGUCGACAUGCAGAGGCUAACUUUGCGGGCAAGUAUCGUACAUGGGCAAAAAAAAACUUGUUCGAGUCGAUGCUACCUGGUGAUGUCAAGGCUCGCAAGGAAAAGGCCGAACAUGACCAGCAAAUAAUCACCUCCCAUCUGACUGAACGAAAGAUUGCCGAACGAGUCGUCCUGUACUCGGAUAGCUUGUUCAAGCAGGCUGCCAUUGAAUGGCUUGUCGCCACUGACCAGCCUAUUCAAGCAUUCGAGCAUCCAAAAUUCAAGGAAAUGAUUGAUGUUGCAGCCCGAGCAACCAAUGGCGUCAAGAUCCCGGGCAGGAAGGCGACUCGAGCCGAGAUCAUGAGGAUGUUCAAGAAUCAUCUUACGAAACUUAAGGAGAAGCUGAAU